CCACAGGACGCGAGGGGAAUCGGCGUUAAACUUUGCAGGGCCGACGGGCCAGCGGCCAGAGGAGGAGGCUGGCACCCCGGGCGCGGCCGGCCCCUCGCGCUCGCUGCCCGCCCGCCCCCUCCCUUCCUCCCCGCACUGGCUCGGCACAGACUCGGCCCCAGCCCCCUCCCUCCUCCCGCUCGCGCCUCGCUCGUUCGCUCGCUCGCCGGCUCCUCCUCACUCGCCCGCCCGCGCCCGGCGCAGCUUGGCCAGAGCGUUCGCGGGGCUGAACGCGCGUCCGCCCGGGGGGCUCCGGCGGCUGACCCCGGCCCGCGGCCCCCUCCCCGGCUCCCGCCUUCCCUUCCUCGCUCGCUGCCUCUCUCCUUCCCCGGCUCCCGCGCCGUCCGCCCGCCCCGCAGCCCGCGGCUCCGCGCCCCCCGCAGCCAAGAUGCCCGCGGCCCGGCCGCCCGCCGCGGGACUCGGCCGGAUCGCGCUGCUCCUCGCUCUGCUCCUGGGAAGCCCCGCGGCCGCCCCGGCAGAAGAUGCGCCACUGGAGGGAGAUGCUGGCCCUUCAGGUACUUACUUUCUGCCCUUGGAAGCCCUGGGGAGCAGCAGUCUGAGCCACGAGACCCCCAAAGAGAGAGUGACCACGGCCCCUCUGAAUCCAGCGCAGUCAGGGGACGAGCUUCACAAGCCAGAGUUGGAAGGGAUGGUCCCCUCCGCACCUCAAGACUCCGCGGCCGCGUCCAUGCUGCUUCUGCUUCCGGAGGAACCCGGCACCGGGCAUGCCUUCCCCCCGACGAAGAAGCCGCCUUCGCUCAAGCAGGUGAACUUGACCAAGAGGCAGCUGAGGCCGAAAGCCACCACCGCAGCAGCUGUGCAGAGGGCGGCGUCCCAGCCAGCGUCCUCGGACCUGGUCCUCCUCUCCUCUGCCACGGAGAAGCUCCGCCCACCUGGGGACCAGGACCCCGUGGCCUCCGCAGGGGAGGAGACCCACCCACUGUUGCUGUCAUCGGAGGAGCCCCUCUGGCUGGAGCAGAAGGAAGGUGCAGUCCCCACGACGCCCGCGCCCCUACAGAUCGCCCCCUUCACCUCGCAGCCGCUGGUGGCCCACACGCUCCCCCAGAGCCCCGACCCCGGGGCGCCCGCCGUGCCUGAGGAGGCCCACGAGGCUCCCCCAGGGGAUGCCAGCCCCAUGACCCUGAUGGACAAAUGUGAGAACGAGCUGACCGGGUCGGCCUCGGAGGAAAGCCAGGAGACCACGACGUCCACCAUCAUUACCACCACGGUUAUCACCACUGAGCAGGCCCCAGCUCUCUGCAGUGUGAGUUUCUCCGAUCCUGAAGGGUACAUCGACUCCAGUGAUUACCCACCGCUGCCCCUCAACAACUUCCUGGAGUGCACGUACAACGUGACAGUCUACACUGGCUAUGGGGUGGAACUCCAGGUGAAGAGUGUGAACCUGUCCGAGGGGGAGCUGCUUUCCAUCCGUGGGGUGGACGGCCCCUCCCUGACCAUUCUGGCCAACCACACCCUCCUGGUAGAGGGGCAGGUGAUCCGAAGCCCCACCAACACCAUCUCCGUCUACUUCCGGACCUUCCAGGACGAUGGCCUUGGGACCUUCCAGCUGCACUACCAGGCCUUCAUGCUGAGCUGCAAUUUUCCCCGCCGGCCUGACUACGGGGAUGUCAUGGUGAUGGACCUGCACUCAGGUGGGGUAGCCCACUUCCACUGCCACCUGGGUUACGAGCUCCAGGGUGCCAAGACACUGACGUGCAUCAAUGCCUCCAAGCCCCACUGGAGCAGCCAGGAACCCAUCUGCUCAGCCCCUUGUGGAGGGGCGGUGCACAACGCCACCAUCGGCCGCGUCCUGUCCCCAAGUCACUCUGGAAAUACCAAUGGGAGCCAGUUCUGUGUGUGGACGAUUGAAGCUCCAGAGGGCCAGAAGCUGCAUCUGCACUUUGAGAAGCUGUCACUGCAUGAGAAGGACAGGAUGAUGGUCUACAGUGGGCUGACCAACAAAUCCACUCUUCUCUACGACUCCCUCCAAACCGAGAAUGUCCCCUUUGAGGGCCUGCUGAGUGAUGGCCACACCAUCUGCAUCGAAUUCACGUCUGACCAGGGGCGGGUGGCCUCAGCCUUCAACAUCCGGUUCGAGGCCUUUGAGAAAGGCCACUGCUAUGAGCCCUACAUUCAGAAUGGGAACUUCACCACGUCUGACCCGACCUAUAACAUCGGGACCAUAGUGGAGUUUACCUGCGACCCCGGCCACUCCCUGGAGCAGGGCCCGGCCAUCAUUGAGUGUAUCAACGUGCGGGACCCAUACUGGAACGACACGGAGCCCCUGUGCAGAGCCAUGUGUGGUGGGGAGCUCUCUGCCGUGGCCGGGGUGGUGCUGUCCCCAAACUGGCCAGAGCCCUACGUGGAAGGUGAAGAUUGUGUCUGGAAGAUCCACGUAGGGGAGGAGAAACGGAUCUUCUUAGAUAUCCAGUUCCUGAACCUAAGCAACAGCGACAUCCUGACCAUCUACGACGGUGAUGAGGUCAUGCCCCACAUCUUGGGGCAGUACCUUGGAAACAGCGGACCCCAGAAGCUGUACUCGUCCACGCCGGACCUAACCAUCCAGUUCCACUCAGACCCUGCCGGGCUUAUCUUUGGGAAGGGCCAGGGAUUCAUCAUGAACUACAUAGAGGUGUCAAGGAACGACUCCUGCUCAGAUUUGCCCGAGAUCCAGAAUGGUUGGAAAACCACUUCUCAUACGGAGCUCGUGAGGGGAGCCAGAAUCACCUACCAGUGUGACCCCGGCUAUGACAUCGUGGGGAGCGACACCCUCACCUGCCAGUGGGACCUCAGCUGGAGCAGCGAUCCCCCAUUUUGUGAGAAAAUUAUGUACUGCACCGAUCCCGGGGAAGUAGACCACUCGACCCGCUUGAUUUCGGACCCCGUGCUGCUGGUGGGCACCACCAUCCAGUACACCUGCAACACGGGCUUCGUGCUGGAAGGGAGCUCCCUCCUGACCUGCUACAGCCGUGAAACCGGCACGCCCAUCUGGACCUCUCGCCUGCCCCACUGUGUUUCGGAGGAGUCCCUGGCAUGUGACAACCCAGGGUUACCUGAAAAUGGGUACCAAAUCCUGUACAAACGACUCUACCUGCCAGGAGAGUCCCUCACCUUCAUGUGCUAUGAGGGCUUCGAGCUCAUGGGCGAAGUGACCAUUCGAUGCAUCCUGGGACAGCCAUCCCACUGGAAUGGGCCACUGCCCGUCUGUAAAGUUAAUCAAGACAGCUUUGAACACGCUUUAGAAGUAGCAGAAGCGGCAGCCGAGACGUCUCUGGAAGGGGGAAAUGUGGCACUGGCUAUCUUCAUCCCGGCCCUCCUCAUCUCCUUGCUGCUGGGAGGAGCCUACAUUUACAUCACCAGAUGCCGCUAUUACUCCAACCUCCGCCUGCCGCUGAUGUACUCCCACCCCUACAGCCAGAUCACCGUGGAAACCGAGUUUGACAACCCCAUUUAUGAGACAGGGGAAACCAGAGAGUAUGAAGUUUCCAUCUAGAGAGAGCUCCACGUGACAAGGGAACUUACAGAUACAAACUCAACUACAGCCUCCUCGAGAAAUUCAUCCAGAGACCAUGUGGCAUUUGAUGGAAAGCCCAGAGUGUCGGCUGUCUUUUCUUUAGACUCUUUACUGAAGACUUUCUGUUUUCUUCACUGUAUUUAUUAUAUUUAAAAUCGAAAUAGGUGUGGUUGGAUGUAUUGCAGCUGCAGCCAAAUUUGUGGUACAGCCUCAAUCCUGAAGGCAGGUGGAGGACCUGUAAAAUAGCAAACACAGCAGUAGAGGGAAAAGGAAAAAAAAAAAAAACAGCAACAGGCUGUUUCUCCUAUCAGCAAUGCCGUGCUACGGCUGCAUCAACUUGCAUGCAUCUUCAGGAUCCAUGCCCAUGGUGUUUUUCGUACAAAUCUAAGUCCCAAGAUUAGGUUGGAAAAGGGUAUUUCUUGUUGGAUUAACUUGGGUUGAAAUUUAGCACAGAGACUUAAACAGCACUACUCCAAAACCAGUCUGUUUUCUCCCUUCCAUUUUCCUCAGCUGCUAAAAGAACCUGCCCCGUCCCCUCCCUCCCAUGCCCCUCUGAAGGCAGCAAAGGUGUUACACAAACAUUCUCUUUCACCACCCUGGCCUCGCUGGAUGCUGGCAAACUAAGAAAAUGUUUUCUUUCUAUAAAGGUGACAGGUGACAAAGGAAAGUUUUCAGAGAAGAUGAGAGAUCUGAGAGUUCCAGUGAAGAAGUGGAUGAGGGGCAAAGCUGGCUAAGGGAAUCGAGAGAAUAAAAUGAUACUCUUUCAACGAUGAAAGAGCAGGUAAUUUAUGCUCCAAGGGCCAGAAUCGAUCACCUUGUUCAACAAGGCCACCCUCAAGCCGUGAUGAUAGAUCCGUAGUCUUUGCAGGCGUGAGCAGUACCGCCCGUAGUGUUAAGAGGCUUUGGGUUGCAGGGGAGAAAUCCAGGGGUGAGCUCUGUUUCCCUCCCAGGGUGCUGCACUGCCAGAGCCCUCAAAAUAGGGGAGACUCAAGUGCACUGUCACUCUAAAAGGUGGCACCUUCAGAAUACACUUGCAGUCAAGUAUUUGGGAGGGAGGGAGGGUCCUAUGAGAAGAAACCACUUUUCUAUUCUCUGAAGCUCUGCCCGGAUGUUGGAUGGUGGCGUGAAUGCUUGACCAUAGAGGUGCCGAGGAACAGGAACGGGGGGCUUAAAGCCACAACGGCAUCCACAUCACACGAUUUGAACUCCAGUGAGGAGAGAAGGAGGAAUUUUAGGCCAGAAAGGAACUCUUAGCAUCUCAUUAAUCCCGCAUCCUGGUAUUUGAUCAGAGUCCUUUCACCUCAACCCAGUAGGACUGGUGAGUGUGUGAUUAUCUGGAAGAUUCUUUUCUAAAUAUAGGUGUAAAGAGAAGGCAAGGGGUGAGGAUGCUUGGAAGGAAAAGUGCACGUGAGGCCAAUUCAUCUCCCUAGUGUCAGAGUGGCUCAGAGAGGCACGCCGGCCCAGUGGCUUUUGGGGUGCCCUUUGGAGCCUUCCCAUGCUCUCUAGAAUUGUUUUAAAUCAGCUGGUUUUCAAACAAGACCUUUCUGGCUGCCAUACCUUUGGGAGAAUGGCUGGGAGUCCAUGUUUUGGUAGCUUGCUUAGGAAGCAUCCGAAACAGAAUAUGGCAGUUGGCUUUGCGCAUGCGUGCGCGCGCACGCACGCACACACACACACACACACACACACAACACACACACACACACACACACACACACACACACACACACACACACCCUCCUCCCAGCCGGGACCGUGGACCUCAGUCCUGGGGGGGUCUGAGGCCCAAAUAUUUUCCUUCUGCCAGAAAAGAAUCCUGCUCAUCUGCUCCUUCAAGCAUGCAUUCAUGAUGCACAGCAAGAGAUCAUAAAAGGCUGCUGUUCAGCUGCCCAAAGCCCACCCCAUUAUAUGAAAGAACCAGAGGAGAAAUGUUGCAGACCGUUAGAGAGCAAUGUCAUGUCUGGAGAAAGACGAGCAAUGCAAAUAAUGCAAACUUUUUUUUGAAGGCGGAAUCAGAUCUUUGCUUUUGUAUCUAUUUGAUGCUGAUUCUAAUCCUAACCCUGGGUCGUCCAGAAUGAAGAACUCUAUUAAUGAUAUUUAAUUUUAGAACAUACUGUGGUUACAUGAACACUAAAUAUUUGCCUUUCACAAAGACUGACAAAAUAUAAAAUCUUUAUUCUAACCCUGUUCCCCGAAACUGGCCAGGCCAUGGCCCAGGAGUUCUUAUUGGCUGUUGGAUGGGGUAGAGAGGUGUUGAUUUUUCUUUUUCUUCCAGGAUUCCAAUGUCUUAGUUCUGUCCUAGUCAUAUAGCACCUGUGACCAUGUUUUAUUUUUUUAAUUUUUUUUGUGACCAUGUUUUAAAAGUUUGUUUUAGUCAAAAGAUGGAUCAUGCAAGCUUGACAAUGUACAGUGUGAUUGAAAAGACAGGUUGGUGUCUAUUUUUCUUUUUAAAAUACCUGAAUGUGUCUUUGUAAUAUGUAAAGGUAAAACAAAUCAUAAUAAUCGUGCCAAAAAUUUACCAGGCAUCUCAUUUCAGCUCAUGUCAUGUCUGUUUUUAAUAAGCUCAAUGUUAAAACCCGCUGGGAUUAAAUAUUUUUGAACAGGAUACAAUCUUAAACUUGAGAACAGACUGAACCUUCCUACAAGCUACUCUUUGUAAAACAUCGGGGAAAUACGUUUACAGAGAUUUCGAGCUUCAAAGAAUGCAUGUGAUGGUGCGUAUUACAUGCUAAUUCGUAUAAGCUGUAUCUGCCAGCUACCACCCUGUGCUUUAAAAAUGCACACACUCAACCCUCUUCAGCUUGGGACUCAUCUUUCUGCUUCUUCUGGUGGUAGAGGGUAGAAAUAUUUAGCCAACUUAAGUAUUCUGGUUGCUACUUGAUGGCCAUCCUUAUUUAGUUCCACGGACAUGCUUUAAAAAUGACCUUUUGAAGUCAGCUCCUUGGAGAGCCUGCAGAACCUCAGGCUGAUAGCUUUGGAGACUGCCGAACAGCCCAGCAGGAAACGAAGUGGCUACGUGAUCCAAACGGUUGUAUGAGCAGACGGACGGGACUGGGCAAAUACGUGGGUACGUGUAGGCUGAGCGUGAGCCUUGGGCAAAAAUGACCUUUCUUUUGGUCAAUCCGAAGGGUAUGACUUUCCUAUGUUUUUGAGGUCGCUGGGUCAUUUGAGGUCCCGUUUUAUUGAGUUGUUCGGAACCCCCAAAGGUAGGCUUUCUCCUGGGAAGUUUUCAUUUCCAUUUUAUGCCCAAAUAGAAUUAAACGCAAAACAAACUUUCUAAGCUAGAAUAAUGAAAUGAAGUCAUUUUCCACUUUGUAUAUAUUGAUGCUAAUAAAAGAAAUGAAAAAGA